CAAGGAAUAAAUUGAUAAAUAAACCAUGACUGCAUAACAGCAAAAGUAGGUGGCGAUAUGCACACAGGAUGUAACACGCCAAAAAACGGAAGAAGAAGAUGUGAGAGUUGCCCGCACCAAGAUGGCGGCCACGUUGACGUGCGGUCAAUGAGGCGUCUAGGUAUUUAUUAACUCUAUGCUCUGAGUCAGUGUUCAGAGAUUCGAACUCUGCGCGACUCGGUUCGGUGUCAGAAAUCAUGGCGGAGGAAACGAUCCUGAAAGUGUUGUGCGGGAAUCACGGAUCGAUGGAGUACGAGCGUCUUUUGGAGAUUUCAUACGGACUGAAAGAAGUGUCCGCGGAGAAUUCACUGGAUAAGAUCAUCCGCCGCAGCGACAUCUUCACCGUCGUUCAGCGAAGCGAAAGCAAAGAGGUUUUCGCGCAAACUACCGUCGGACUGUGUAGAAGGAGCGAGUGUGAGGAGCUGUGCGGAAACCUGCACCUGUGUAAAUAUGAGCUGAUGACGGGGCGCUGCUGCAGGCAGGGCUGCAGCUACGGACACCAGCUGAUGUCUGAACACAACGUGAGGAUCCUGAGAGCUCAUGGGAUGAUGUGUCUGAGUCGAGAAGAUCUGUGUGUGAUGUUUCUGCAGUCCGACAGCGGCCUCCUGCCUCCCCUGUGCAUCGCGUACAACCGAAGCCGAGGGCGGCGUGGAAGCUGUCCGGACGGAGAGACGUGCACGAGGCUGCAUGUGUGCGAGAGCUUCGUCAGAGGACGCUGCGGCGACACGGACUGCGGACGCUCGCACGAUUUCCACGAGCCUCAGGCGAGAAAAGUGCUGCGCUCCAGAGGAGUGUCGCAGCAGCUCAUGAGCUCGCUGCCCUUCAUCUACCGCAACAUCCUCGCGCUCAAGACUCAAGCGGACCGCGGGAACACGGACGUCCAGCCUCACAGAAGCUCUGACGGAGAGAGUGAGAUCUGCCUGUCGUUUGUCAGAGGAUUCUGCGGCACAGGUACGUGUGUGAUCGUGUCCGGUCACUAAAGACCCGAAGAGGUCCUGAUUUAACCUGAAUGCAUCUAUUUAGUCACGUCACACUUAUUUAUACAGCGCUAUAUUAUACAAUACACUGUUUCAAAGCAGCUAUCCUCCUUAUUCUUCAAUGCGGAAGUAAACCGAUGGGCAAAACUUCCGGUUUGUUAGACGCCUUAGAGAAAUAACGAGAAGAAUAACAACGUGCAUUACAAACCAGUGUGUUCAUAAUUAAGAUUAUACAUUAAAAUAAUAAGGUUAGACACGCCUAUCAAGCAACAAAACGAGCUAAAAAUAGCUGGAUGCGCAUGAGAUCGACAUUCUGAAAGCAUCCUUAUGAUGUUACUUGUACCUGAUGAACAUUCUAAAAACGUUAUUUUGUAACCUUUAAAAUAAUGUUCUACUCUUGACAAGAAAACUGGCCGUUUAGCGUUGUGCGAAUAUUAAAAAUAGACGUUUAAAUAUUUGGGGUGAAAGUAACGUUUUUUUGUUAGAAAUGCAUUUGUAACCUUUCAGUGACAUUAUAGCCAUGACCACCUUAGAAACAUUUUAAAAUAAUGUUC